AUGUAUCUAAAUCGCCGCAAUGUUUCGCGUUCAAACCAAUAAAACAUAGGAAUUCCUUAAAGAGCAAUAAUCUGGGCGCACUCCAAUUCCAAUUAUAAUGCAUAUAAUAUUUGGAUUUCGUGCGUUAUUGGUGAAACGAUAGGAUGUACAAAACCAAAUCGUUAUUUUACGCGGCGUUCGUCUUUGAGGAACCACGCGAUGCAUCUCUUCGACGAUGUGACUGUAAACAAAUGUCAGCUUAGUACUAUACAACAAUUUAGCUGCAUCUCGUUAUUUCGUAUAUACUAGACAAACUAAAACUUUUACGCAUUACUAGAAUCAUUAACAACCUACGGGUUUGUUAAAUGAAUUCCAACGAUAAUUUGUGUCAAGAGUAAUCGAGCGUUUUGACGAAAAGUUUUGUUGGGAUAAUAGCGGCCAAAAUGCCUGGCAAAAUAAAAGUGAAAGUACUAGCAGGACGUAAUCUGCCAGUAAUGGACCGAUCAGGUGACACAACAGAUGCAUAUGUAGAGUUAAAAUUUGGCAAUAUUACAUAUAAAACGGAUGUAUGCAGAAAGUCAUUGAAUCCUCAGUGGAACUCUGAAUGGUACAGAUUUGAGGUUGAUGACUCUGAGCUACAGGAUGAACCCUUACAGAUUAGACUAAUGGACCAUGACACAUAUUCUGCAAAUGAUGCUAUAGGCAAAGUUUAUAUAAAUUUGAAUCCGUUAUUGUUGCCUGGUGUUCCACCUACUGUUAAGAAUAUUUGGACAUUAGAGGCAGCCAUGAACACUAACACUGGUUCACAGACUGGGUCAGUUAUGACUGGGUGGAUUCCAGUAUAUGAUACAAUGCAUGGUAUUCGUGGUGAAGUUAAUAUCAUAGUCAAAGUGGAAUUGUUUUCUGAUUUUAACAAAUUCAGACAAUCCUCCUGUGGUGUACAGUUUUUUUAUUCACCAAAUAUACCUCAUGGAUAUCAUACUCAAAGCAUUCAUGGUUUUGUAGAAGAAUUAGUUGUUAGCGAUGAUCCUGAAUACAAGUGGAUCGAUAAAAUAAGAACACCCCGAGCCUCUAACGAAGCACGUCAAACAUUAUUUUUUAAACUGAGUGGAGAAGUUCAGAGGAAGAUUGGUCUGAAAGCUUUAGAUCUUGGUGGAAAUGCUGUAAUUGGAUAUUUACAGAAUUUCGAUCUGGAAGGUGAAUCUGGUAUUGUGGCUCGGGGUAUAGGUACUGCAGUUACUCUUGUGAAAUUGCAGGAUACAUUAAACUUGCCAUCUGACAAUAUUGAAGAGCAACAAGACGAGGCGUCUCUAAGUCCAACUUGUCCACUUCCGGCUGUUUCUUCUAUGGUCUCAAAAGUAUGUCAAGUACCAACGACCAAGGCACAGCCUGCAGUGUCAUUGCAUCGGAGGUCCAGUGACUCUGACUUGAGCAUCACUCCGAAAGGUAAUUCCAUUGGAGCAAAUGAUAGAUCCAUGACCGGAUUCCUGAAGACGUCGACGGCUGUGAUAAGAACCAUGAAUCAGGAUGCAUUUGAGAUGUUAGAGUAUCCAUUCAUCACUAUGCAACAUUAUCCACCAGGAUUUAUUUUACAUAUCGGUGGUCUUGUAAGCUCAAGGUCAGUCAAGUUACUAGAGAGAAUAAGUAACUUGGAAGAGCCGGAAAGUCGUGACGCCUGGUGGAAAGAAGUUAGGAUGGAGGUUCGAUCACAUGCAAGGGCAUUAGCAUGUAAUGUGGUAAUUGGUUACAGAGAAGAAACAAGUAUUUGUGACGAUGUUUGUGUGCUGAACGCAUACGGUACGGCGGCCGUCAUUAAUCUCUACAACUCGAGUCAGGACACGGAUAGCGUUUUUAUCGGUAAAGGACAAUCAGGAUCAGUAAUAAAUCCCGCUGAAGUAGAACGAGAGAAGACACAACAGAAACCAGUACCUGUAAAAGCAGAAAAAUGUGAAACUGAUUCGUCAGUGACGACCUCGAUACAUCAAGGUGGUAAAGUGAGGCACACAUCCGAGAGUAAAGAUCACGAGGUUCAGUGCCAAAGUAAAUGCAGCCUCUGUCACUUACCCUACAACGAGGCGAGCGUGCCUUUUCGCGUGAACGUGUCGAAAUGUGUAAUAUGCAAACGUGCCAGGGUACCGGACGUGAUGUUCACCACCAUCGAAAUUCCGGAAAACGUGUCGACGACCGGAAGAGGAUGUAUUAUACAAGCCACCGUGUGCAAGACCAAAAAGGAUCUCAGAGGAGAAUUGAAUGCGAAGGAAAUAUCAGAUUGCUUGCCAUUUUUAGAAUAUGAGUUACAUAGUCUGCUGUUAAAUAAAUUAAAGGUUAAGGGAAUGAACGCCAUAUUUGGUUUGAAGCUACAAGUCUCUGUUGGAGAACGCUUGAUCAUCGGUAUGGCUGUCGGCACUGCUGUCUUUAUAACCGCGUUACCCACUCAUUCUGUACCACAAAUUGUUUCUGGAAAUUCGUGGCACAAAGAAGAACAGUUAGCAGAUAUUCAAAAGACUUUAAUGGAGACCGUCAAGAAGAAUAGAGAGUUCUAUCGACUUAAACCCGUCGGGGAUGUUGAAAAUGGACGGAUUACAACAUCCGACACUGACGAAUCCGAUGAAGAUCUCCCUGACUUAGAUUUUAGUGUUGGUACUAGAGAUACUUGUGUACUGGAAGUGGAUGACAUAGAGGAUAUGGAUAGAAUAUCAUUGUUGAUGGACGACAGACCACCUGAUGAUUUUCAUGUAGUAAACACUCAAACGAUUCCCGGUCUUGACGAUCUGGAGAUCGUUAGGAAUUUACAGAUGUUCACGCAGAUCUCUAGAACCAAAAUUCCUUCGGGACAAUUUGCAUCUAUGCCUUCAAAAUGCUUCACUAGGUUACUUCAGUCUGUAUACUUUAAGUUGAGGAAAAUGAUUCCCUGUGCCCUUUGCGAUAUGCAGUUUAAGUUAGCACUUCCUGAACCAGAUGAGAUACAGUUCACAGUAAUUGGAAUGGCACUUGGCUUAGGUGACCCAGUAAAAAUGAACAAAUGCAAGAAGAAGCUGAUGACUCAUUCUAUGAGCAAGGAUCAGGUGAAGAAAUCAGACGACACUGAUAUGAUAUUUAAUCUGGACGUGGAUCAUGCUGAGAUUUCGUCGGACAAUGCAUCUAGUGGUGUUACAGUGAACUCCUCUAAGUUAACUAAUACUCUAAGUUUGAGAUCCAGGACUCGUUCGCCAUUGCGGUCGAAGAUUCACACAAUUCAUAAACACAAACAUGUGCCUUUAAAAGGAAGAUACGGUGUAGACAUAACGCCACUGUCUUAUUUACCGGGUGGUCGGAUAGAUAGAUAUUUAGGGAACUUGAACUUCUUCUUUAUUCGCGAAAGCACGUCAAUCAGAGAGAACGGUGGUUUGAGCGGUUUCACGCACAGUUUCAUAACGGAGGUGCUAGCAAUUGUUCGUGCACACAUAACCGCCUUGGGUGGUAACGCAAUGGUGGCAUUUUUCAUGACCAAAUGUGUGCUUCUUCACAGCCCCCACAAAAAUCAGGGUCAGUGUCUAAUAAAUGUCGGCGGAGACGUGGUGUCCGUGUCGUACUUCGCGAACGAGAAGCACUGCGGAAUUCCAAACUGCUGACCUCAACCUCCCCAUUCAGCGCCGCCAUAGCUGCACUGCGAGGCCCAACGCCGAAAGUUUGAUUUCUCAACGAACGUUGUUAGUCGCCUCGGACGAACCGUGAUUCAUUAUCCUGUGAUAGGAUAGGGCUUGUAAAUAUUCGAACUCCUAGUAAUAAGUACUUGAUUACUUGAAUCGCGAGAAUUCGUUUGACGGUAGAUAACGCUCACAGGUGUUACUUUAACGAAGCGGCUUAGAGUAAAUAUCGUUCAAUCACACGACGCACACGCGCGAUCCAGCGAUU